AUGUCCAAUGAACCUCUACCUCCACCACAGUCCACGGCUCCGGGCUGGACCAAGGUUUCGUCAGACGGAUCGUCGCGUUGGCAAGCGCAAGAUCCAGUGUUGAGACGUGCCCAGAUCUCCAGGCUUGUCGAUACUCUAUCAGACCAUGAGUACUCAUCUUCAAAUCUGCAGACACAAGGCCAUCGGGCGAUCAAUGUGCAGGCUUUUCACGCGCUCGAGACGAUAUCAAAGUCAGACCCUCUGGCGUAUCAAUGGCUUCCCAUUGCGCAUCGUCGGCGCCAGCGGCAAUUUGAAGAGAUCCUAGCUGAGAGGCAGGAAAGAUCAGACCAGGAAGCUCGUGCAAGAGAAACCGGGCGAUUACUUCCACGUGAUCGCCAGCAGAUGGCCGUAAUGGGUCAGGGUUGUCGCUAUGAAGAUAUUCCUCUCAUAGAGUCAAAUGAUUUGACCUUUAUCACGGAGACACCCCAGUUCCUUGGACCACGACCCGCCUACUAUAAUGACUUCGAAACCGCGUGUCGAGUGGGCCUUGCUGCGACUGUACAGGCCACUAUCUCUACCGAGACAUGUACAUCCACUCCUGCUUUUCUCCAUCAUGGUCUCUGCCUUGCCGUAAAAGCUGGUAACGUGGAGGUUGCGCGCUAUCUUCUUGCUUCCGGUGCUCCCAUUGUUCGAAAGACCCCAGAGCAUAUCCUCUCCGCCCCACGAGAUAAGCAGAUUCCACUCUUUGAGCUAUUUAUUGAGUGUGGCUGGACACCAAAUACUCCAGGAAUGUAUGGCGCUGUCUUGCUACCUUCUGUCAUGACCGAUCAUAGUCUUCUCAAGUGGUUUCUGGCUCAUGGAGCAAACCCUAAUCUCGGUCAACAGCAGGAACAUCGUUUCGGCCACCCCGUCAACAACUCAUGCGUCGCUCUUGAGAAAGCGGCCUAUCGGGGAGAUGUCGAGGCCGUGCGUAUACUUUUAGAUGCCGGCGCUGUGAUCCAGAACGGAUUUCCUUUGCAUGCAGCAGCAGGAGCUUGUUCUCCCGACUGGGAUCCGCGCACUGGCCGUUUUAACCCAAGCAAGGACUUUGAUAGAAGUAUGAUUCCGGUUCUAUCCCUUCUAGUAGCGCAUGGUGCAGAUGUCAAUCAGUACCAAGGGCCGCAGAGAGGAAACCAAGUUCCCAAUUAUGCAAUCGUUGAGGCUGUCAGGGCGGGAGCAGUAGAGCGAGUUCGGUGGCUUCUCGAGAACGGAGCGGAUCCCGCACUUAAAGGAUCAUGGGGAAGCGCCGCAGAGUAUGCAUCCAGAAUGGGAAGCGAUGAGAUGAUGUCUGUGCUUCAGCCUGGUGUAGAUGCAAGGAAAACAUGA